AUGGAAUGGUGGGAAAGUAUAAGUAUUGGUUCCCUCACAUUUGUAUGCACUCCAACACAACACUGGUGCCAGCGAUAUCCACUCGACUUCAACAAUGCUCUAUGGUGUGGAUGGGUAGUGGAAAGCCCGAAAUACAAGUAUUACUUUGCCGGGGAUACGGGAUACCAUAAAAAACUAUUUCAGUUGAUUGGCCAAAAAUAUGGACCCUUUGAUCUUGCAUCGAUACCAAUAGGAGCAUAUGAGCCCAGAUACAUCACUGAAUUUGAGAGCGUAAAUCCGGAGGAAGCUGUGGAAGUCCAUUGUGACAUACAGAGUCGCGUCUCAAUUGGUAUCAACUGGGGAACAUUUGAACUGACAAACGAGUAUUACUUGGAGCCACCACAGGAGUUGGAAAAACAGAUGUACAACAAUGGUCUGGAGCCAAAGACGUUCUUCAACUUGCAAAUCGGAGAGACAUGGAUAGUUGGGGAAGACCGGGAUUAUGACCCGCCUUUUAUGGAGAGAGAGAAAAGGGGAACACCGAGACUCAAUUAUGAUCGACCUAAUGGUGAUCUAAGUGGCUUUACAACGGUGGCCACUCUGCAGGAUCCACUUUCCAUGGUUGACGCAUUAUGUCAGGAUAUUAAGACUGAAAAUCAAGUGAAGAAAAUAGAGUGUUCUCAUCCGAGAAGAAUUUCUCCAGAUGGACCAUCGUCACACAACAACCACAUAGAUUUAGCAACAAUUACUGUAAUGGAACCAACUGUGCCUUCUAAAAGAAGUAUGGCCCGUGAUGCACAAUGGUCACACAAAACUCAGGAAGAUUCUGCACUUGUCGUGAAACCAACUGGGCGUUAUAAACCGAGAAGUAUGACAAUCCAAGAAGCUUUCAAAGCACCAUGGCCACACAACAACCAGGAAGAUUCUGCAAUUGGAAUGAAACCAACAGGGCGUUCUAAACCGAAAAGAAGUUUGUCUCCCGAUGCACCAUUGCAACGAAACAAUCAGGAUUCUGAUUCUGGAAUCAAACCAACAGGUAGUUUAGCACGAGAUUGAUUUACGAGAUUAUG